UAUUUACACUGCCACCAUGGGGCUCAUUCGGCUCAUUCACACUAAAAGCUAAGAAGACGCAUGAUGUGUGUGAAACACAUUUUUUGACCUCUAGAUGGACUCGUAUUCGACUGCCGAUAUCACAGCAGCGAGGAGCUUGCAGUUAACUAAGUACAUACACAUGUCGAUGGUCACAUUCUGGAUCUAUGACUACGCAUAUUUACUUCACGAAGAGUGGACAUUUUUGCUUCGAUCGCGCUGGAGCAAGAUGAAAGGCCUGUACAUCGUUACACGAUACCUCCCCUUUAUCAUUCUCGCUACGGAUAUAUAUAGGGGAUUUACUCCGAAUGAAAACGCAGAUAGAUGCCUGGUGUCGGACAAUGUUGAACUAGGUCUUAACCUAGUAUUAGUCAUUUUCUCCGAAUGGUUUUUCAUCCUCAGAACAUAUGUGCUCUGGAACAACAAUAGAAUCUUGCUCGCAGCCAUGCUCUGCACCUUUUUCACUUUUAUUGGGGCCUCCACCGGCCUUACCUUCGCUACUACUGCUCCCACAACAUAUCCGACUAGCGCGAUCCCAGGCAUUACAGGGUGCUACCAGAGUUCCACCACUUUCCGGUUCUUCAUACCAUUUCUUCUCUUUUCCGUGUUCGAUCUGGUUCUCGUAAUCCUCACGCUCAUACGCGCCAUACACAGCUGGCGGAUAAACCCAAAUCGUCUGUACGUUGUCCUAGUGAACCACAACAUAGCAUAUUAUGCAUGCGGUCUUCUGUUCUCGGUGGCGAACAUAUUCACAUCACUGCUCCUCCAUUCCUCCAUGUUUUCAUGAUCCUUGCGACCCUCGCCACGCGCAUGCACCUCCAUCUCUGGCAGACGAACCAACAUUCACACAGCUCUAGCGCCCUAGUGCAUAUUCCAAUGUCCGACAUCUCAUUUGCAAAUCCCACCACGGCG